AUCUCUGUCUCUUUAAUCCUCCACUCAUCAUAACCUAAGCAAAACUCUCUUCACAACGUAAAAAGCAGAAACAGAGCUUAAACACCAAAAGAGAGAGAAAGAGAUCUAGAAGAAGAAGAUGGCAUGAGAUAUGCGAAGAAGAUGGAGAAGUGUUAGUUAUACACUAGGAGAAUUGUAAGAAGAAACUUAGCGCUUCAAUUUCUCAAGGCUCUUUUCGAUCAAUAACGUGCAAUUCGUAUUUUUUUUCCGGGGUAAUUUGUUAGAUAGAUUGUGAGAGACUGAGACUGAGGAUUUUGGUGCACAACAUCCUUGUGGUCUGUUAGAAUUUUUGCUGGAAAAAAUGGAGAUUGCAGCAAAGAGUAACUCGAAACGUAUGUAUUCAUGGUGGUGGGAUAGUCACAAUACCCCCAAGAAUUCUAAAUGGCUUCAGGACAAUCUCGCAGAUAUGGAUAGUAAUGUGAAGCAGAUGAUUAAGGUUCUUGAAGAAGAUGCAGAUUCUUUUGCCAGGCGAGCAGAGAUGUAUUACCGUAAACGUCCUGAGCUUAUGAAAUUAGUUGAAGAGUUCUAUCGUGCAUAUCGUGCAUUAGCUGAGAGGUAUAAUCAUGCUACGGGCGUAAUCCACAAGGCUCAUGAGACUAUAGCAGAAGCGUUUCCAAACCAAGUUCCUUUGAUAUUUGGUGAUGAGUCACAUGGUGGUGCUUUGACAAAUGAUGUUGAUCCACAAACACCGGACAUGCCUCCUCCUUUCCGAGCUCGGGGUAACCCGGAUGAGUUCCAACAAGAUGCUUUGGGGUUCUCUUUAUCUCAUGUCCAUGAUGUAAAGAGGAAUAUAGAUUUUAGUGAAGAGCCUCUGUUUGUGAGUAAUGGAAAAGCAAGAAAGGGACUGAAUUUUAAUGAUCAUGGAGAUGGAAAAGGAAGAAAUGGUCUUAAGGAUCAUAUUCUUUCCGAAUCUGAACGAGCUAGCAAAGCUGAGGCUGAAGUUGUGGCUUUAAAAGAUUCCUUGUCUAAGAUGCAGGCUGAAAAACAAGCUAGCUUAGCAUUGUUUGAGAAGAAUUUGGAGAGACUAUCAAAUCUAGAAUCUGAAGUCUCUCGUGCACAGGCAGACUCAAGGGGAAUUAAUGACAGAGCCGCAAGUGCAGAAGCUGAGAUCCAAACGCUCAGAGAAACCCUCUACAAACUAGAGUCUGAAAAGGAAUCCAGCUUUCUUCAGUAUCAUAAAUGCCUGCAAAAGAUAGCUGAUUUGGAAGAUGGACUCUCUGUAGCCCAUAAAGAAGCUGGGGAGCGAGCCAGCAAAGCUGAAACUGAAACUCUCGCUUUGAAGCGGAGCCUUGCCAAGGCCGAAACUGACAAGGAAACUGCUCUUAUUCAAUACAGGCAAUGCUUGAAUACGAUAUCUAACCUAGAAGAGAGACUAAGGAAGGCUGAGGAAGAUGCAAGGCUUAUCAAUGAGCGGGCUGAAAAGGCUGGGGUAGAAGUUGAAAACUUGAAGCAAACAGUCUCGAAAUUGAUCAAGGAUAAGGAAGCUUCUGAACUUCAGUUCCAACAGUGCCUGAAUAUAAUUGCGAGUCUAAAAGUCAAACUACACCAUGCUCAAGAAGAAACACAGAGUCUUAGCCAUGAAAUAGAGGAUGGAGUUGCUAAGUUAAAGUUUUCUGAGGAGAAAUGUCUUUUGCUUGAGAGAUCAAAUCAGAAUCUCCACUCUGAGCUGGAUAGUCUCUUGGAGAAACUGGGGAAUCAAAGUCAGAAGCUCACAGAGAAACAAACCGAGCUAGUCAAAUUGUGGAGCUGUGUGCAAGCAGAGCAUUUGCAUUUCCAGGAAGCUGAGACCGCGUUUCAAACCCUACAGCAAUUGCACUCUCAGUCUCAAGAGGAGCUAAAUAAUUUGGCUGUGGAACUUCAAACCGUGUCUCAGAUCAUGAAAGACAUGGAGAUGCGAAACAAUGAGUUGCAUGAGGAACUUGAGCAAGCCAAGGUUGAGAACAAAGGUCUCAAUGACCUCAAUUUCACUAUGGAAAAGCUUGUUCAGAAAAACCUUAUGCUGGAAAAAUCUAUAUCUUAUUUGAAUUCUGAGUUGGAAUCAUUCAGAAGGAAGCUGAAGACGUUUGAGGAAGCUUGUCAGUCACUCUCAGAAGAGAAAUCAUGUCUUAUUUCUGAAAACCAGCACAAUGUUAUUGAGAACACUGUUCUUAUUGAAUGGCUUCGGCAACUUCGGUUAGAAGCAGUUGGUAUAGCAACAGAGAAGACUGACCUUGAGGGUAAGGCAAAGACGAUUGGUGAUAAGUUAACAGAUGCAGAAACUGAAAAUUUGCAGCUAAAGAGAAACCUGCUUUCUAUCAGAUCGGAGAAACAUCACUUAGAAGAUGAAAUUACUAAUGUGAAGGAUCAGUUACAUGAGAAGGAGAAGGAAUUUGAAGAAAUCAAAAUGGAGAAAGAAAAGCUGAUACAAGAGGUUUUCAAAGAGAGGAAACAGGUUGAAUUGUGGGAGUCUCAAGCUGCGACAUUCUUCUGCGAUAAGCAAAUCUCGGUUGUACAUGAAACAUUGAUUGAAGCAACGACACGUGAGCUUGCUGAAGCAUGCAAGAACCUUGAAAGUAAAAGCGCAUCGAGAGAUGCGGAUAUUGAAAAGCUUAAGCGAAGCCAAACUAUAGUCUUGUUGAAUGAAAGCAUUAAAUCUUUGGAGGAUUAUGUUUUCACACACCGUGAAUCUGCGGGUGAAGUUUCAAAGGGAGCUGAUUUGAUGGAUGAAUUUCUCAAGUUGGAAGGUAUGUGUUUGAGAAUCAAAGCUAUCGCAGAAGCAAUAAUGGAAAAGGAAAAGUUUUUGAUGCUUGAGAACACUAAUACCUACUCUAUGCUUGAGGCGUCAUUGAAACAAAUCAAAGAAUUGAAGACAGGAGGAGGAAGAAGCAUGAGGAAGCAAGAUGGAGGAAGUGGCAGAAUGCGGAAGCAGAGUCACGAAACCGAGAUGGUAAUGAAAGAUAUUGUGCUUGAUCAAACGUCUGAUGGAUCAUCGUAUGAGAUUGUAAGUAAGAAAGGGAAUUCGGAGUUGGAUCAUCUCGGUUUUGUUGAGCUAAAGCCAGUGAAGACUCACAAGACAGAAACUAAAGCCUUGUCUGAAGAGUCACUGAUUGUCGAGAAAGUAGAGAUUUUCGACGGAUUCAUGGAUCCAAACCGUGAAGUAAACAAGAGAAGAGUUCUAGAAAGACUUGAUUCGGAUUUACAGAAGCUGGAGAAUCUUCAGAUCACUGUAGAAGAUUUGAAAAGCAAAGUCGAAACAGUGGAGAAGGAAAAGACGAAAGUAGGAGAAAACGAGUAUAAAACGAUCAAAGGACAGCUUGAAGAAGGAGAGGAAGCAAUAGAGAAACUGUUUACUGUCAAUCGAAAGCUGACCACAAAAGCCGAAUCAGAGAAGGAUAUUGAUAGAAGAAGGAGAAUAUUCGAACAUGCGAGGAGAGGAACAGAGAAGAUUGGGAGGUUACAGUCGGAGAUACAGAGGAUUCAGUUUCUGUUGAUGAAGCUUGAAGGAGAGAGAGAGCAUCGACUUAGGUCGAAGAUUUCAGAUACCAAAGUUCUUCUUCGAGACUAUAUCUAUGGGAGAACUAGAAGCGUAUCGAUGAAGAAAAGGACGAAGAAGCGGUCUGUGUUUUGUGGUUGCGUUCAGCAGCCAGAGUCUCCUUGA